AUGUCAGCGUCCAUAUUCUCAUUCAUCGGAUCGUUAUUCAGUUCUAGUGCCAGUGCAGAGAACAAAAUGACUUACCCCAAUCAACGAACGGAUGAGGAGUGGCGAGCAGUGCUCAGUCCAGAACAAUUCCGAAUUAUUCGCCAAAAAGGCACCGAACCUCCUGGCUCUGGUACAUACGAUAAGCACUACCCCUCAACAGGAGUCUACAACUGCGCUGCCUGCGAUGCGCCCCUCUACAAGGCAGACACCAAAUUCAAGUCCGGCUGUGGCUGGCCGGCAUACUUUGAUUCCAUCCCCGGCGCCGUUACGCGACAUGUAGAUCGGACAUUUGGCAUGGAACGAACUGAGAUUGUUUGUAGCAAUUGUGGAGGGCAUCUUGGGCAUGUGUUUAAGGGGGAGGGAUACCCAACUCCGACGGAUGAGAGGCAUUGCGUGAAUAGUGUCAGUCUGAAGUUUAGUGAGGAUGAGUCGGGUGCAAAGGGGGAUAAGCAGGAAUCUAAGGUCUAAAACAAUUGACUGAUGCUUGUAUAUGAUUGUCAAGAAGCAGUAUAGUAGAAGAUGAAUCGAACAGCUCGCUCUCUUAACAAUAGAAUAGAAAUGA